UCCUUUCUUGAAUGCUUUCCCAAGUUAGAAUGGGCCAUUCUUCUUUCUGUCAUCAAGCAUGAAAUGCAUCUGUUUGAGAUUGUGAAGCUUGACUUGUCUCUCUGCCUCAGAGCUGAUGCAACAGGUGCCAAUCCUGAUGCCCCUCAUCUUCUGCAUAAAGAUUUCUCUGACAUCAUCUCAGUUCUCUCCUGUCUCAGCACCUAUUUCUGCAUACUCACACAACAUGCUGCUUUCUGUGGUCAUCUGGAUCAUGGUCUCCAGAUAUUGGAUGGUUCUCAUUGCUAUGCUAAUCACUUGAUCUUACUGUCAUUGCAGUAUGAGUGGAAUGCCAUCUUGUCAUACUGCAUUGAGUAUCAUCAGCAUCAGCAUCAUGAGAUGGAAAAUAGUGACUUCACUGGCUGGGAACUGGCCAGCCAGGAAUUGAUUAUGAAUUACCUGGCUGCACAUGUCCAUGCACCCACCUCCUCAUCA